GAAUUUUUAUUAAAUCAAUCGAGGCUUCCCCGAAUUUAAAAUUCAGAGAUUCAUCUGAGAAAAAGUUGCCUUUUUUUUUUUUUGUGUUUUUCCUUCUUCGAUUCCGCCGAGGAUGGAGAUCAGCAACGAAGCGAGUAUGGGGCGGUUCUCAAUUGGCCCAUCGACGGUGAUUGGCCGGACAAUUGCAUUCCGGGUGCUCUUAUGCUCAUCGGUGACGCAUCUCCGGCAUGAACUCCGUCGAUUCCUCUCGGAAUUCCUUCGCCAUCUCCGCAACUCCGUCUUCCCCUUGCUCUCAUGGUUCCACCCGAAGAACACGCAGGGGAUUCUCGUAAUGGUGACUGUCAUGGCCUUUUUGCUCAGGCGCUUCACCAACGCUCGCUCGCGGGCUGAGUCGGCGUACCGGCGAAAGUUCUGGCGCAACAUGAUGCGGAGCGCGCUGACAUAUGAGGAGUGGAGUCAUGCAGCCAAGAUGUUCGACAAAUUGUCUCCAAGAAUGAAUGAUGCUGAUCUCUAUGAUGAAGAGCUUGUUAGAAACAAACUCUCGGAGCUCCGGCACCGGAGAGAGCAAGGCUCUCUCAGAGAUAUAGUUUUUUAUAUGCGUGCCGAUUUGCUUCGAAACCUCGGCAACAUGUGCAAUCCUCAGCUGCACAAAGGAAGGCCUCAGGUGCCGAGGUUGAUAAAGGAGUACAUUGAUGAAGUAUCAAUGCAGUUGAAGAUGGUUUGUGAUUCUGAUUCUGAUGAGUUGUUGUUGGAGGAGAAGCUUGCGUUCAUGCAUGAGACUAGGCAUGCUUUCGGUAGGACAGCAUUGCUCUUGAGCGGGGGCGCGUCGUUAGGGUCUUUUCACGUAGGUGUUGUGAAAACAUUGGUGGAGCAUAAGCUUCUGCCAAGGAUAAUCGCCGGGUCUAGUGUAGGAUCGAUCAUGUGUUCAGUGGUGGCGACGAGGUCUUGGCCGGAGCUUGAGAGCUUCUUUGAGGAUUCUUGGCAUUCUUUGCAGUUCUUUGAUCAGAUGGGCGGGAUAUUUGCGGUGGUUAGGAGGGUUGUGACUCACGGUGCAGUCCAUGAUAUUAGGCAAUUGCAGAGAUUGUUGAGGCAUCUUACUAGCAAUUUAACCUUCCAAGAGGCUUAUGAUAUGACUGGGAGAAUCCUCGGGAUUACUGUAUGUUCCCCUAGGAAGCAUGAGCCGCCUCGAUGCCUCAAUUACUUGACAUCACCUCAUGUGGUUAUAUGGAGUGCAGUGACUGCCUCUUGUGCAUUCCCUGGCCUCUUUGAAGCUCAGGAGUUGAUGGCAAAGGAUAGGUUCGGUGAGAUUGUGCCUUAUCAUGCACCUUUCUCCGCAGGCCAUGAAGAGAAAAAUGGACCAAGUCCUCGCCGAUGGAGGGAUGGAAGUUUGGAGAGUGACUUGCCGAUGAUGCAGUUGAAAGAAUUGUUCAAUGUCAACCAUUUCAUUGUCAGCCAAGCCAAUCCUCACAUUUCUCCACUUUUAAGGCUAAAGGAACUAGUGAGAGCUUACGGUGGCAACUUUGCCGCAAAGCUUGCUCAUCUAGCAGAGAUGGAGGUUAAACACAGAUGUAAUCAGGUGCUAGAACUUGGUUUUCCUCUGGGUGGAAUUGCUAAAUUGUUUGCUCAAGAUUGGGAGGGGGAUGUUACUGUUGUGAUGCCGGCGACACUUGCUCAGUAUUCCAAAAUCAUACAGAAUCCAUCAUACCCUGAGCUCCAAAAGGCUGCUAACCAGGGCAGAAAGUGCACUUGGGAAAAACUCUCCGCUGUAAAAGCAAACUGUGCUAUUGAGCUCGCACUUGAUGAAUGUGUUGCACUUCUUAAUCACAUGCGGAGACUAAAGAGAAGUGCCGACAGGGCUGUUGCUGCUGCUUCUUCUCAUGGCCUUGGAAGCACUACCAGGUUCAAUGCUUCCCGGAGGAUCCCUUCGUGGAAUUGCAUUGCAAGAGAGAACUCAUCAGGAUCUCUCGAAGAAGAUAUCCUUGCAGACACUGCAAUGCAACAACAAGGAACCAGCCUAAUCGGAGUAUCUUACAACAGGACUCACCGUGCUCAGAAAUUUACCCACGACGGAAGUGACAGUGAAUCAGAGAGCAUAGACUUGAAUUCUUGGACAAGAUCCGGAGGACCACUGAUGAGGACUGAAUCUGCCAACAAGUUCAUUAACUUUGUGCAAAGCCUCGAGAUUGAAUCUGAAUUAAAUAGACAUUGGUCAAGAGACGAUGAAAAUGAUAAGACGAGGGCCACUACAAGCUCAGAGAACAUCAAUUCCGAUCAGCAUGAAACUAGCAACACUGAUAAUCAGAGAAUCCCAGGACAAACUUCCACUAGCAUUGUAGUUUCUGAGGGUGAUUUACUGCAACCAGAAAGGAUUCACAACGGUAUCGUAUUUAAUUUAGUGAAGAAGGAAAACUUAAUUCUAACACGAAAGAGGGAGCAGUGAUUUAGAAAAUCUCCUUGGCUCUUCAUCUGUUGAAGUAGAAGUUCAGAAUAUGCAUUUGGAUGAUUGUGAUGCCAGUUCAGUUUCUGAAUUUGGUGAGGAAGAAUGUCAUGGAUUACAAAGUAGUGUAGAAUUGAGUUCUCAUUGUGAUGUAGGCAAUGAAGAUCAGCAAUGUACAAAGAAUGAAAGUAGUAGUGAUUUGAAGGAUGAGUCUAAUUCUUGAUGAACCACCACUGCCACAUCUUCUGUACUUGUUUCACCAUUCUAAUUUCAUCUAAUUAUGAGAAUUCCUACUGAUUACUUUGUAUCGAUCUCUAGUGUUUGUGAAUUAGGUGAGUUUGUUGCGUUGGACUGGUGACUAAUCAACUAAAUUAGUGAUAAUGUGCUAAUUAAUGAUAUGUUUGUUUAUUUUAUAAAAGAGACAGCUUAGAGAGAGAUGAAAAAGGCUGUGCUUGGGUUUUCAUUUAUUUGUUUAUUUAUGUUUUUUUGAUUUACUUAUGUAUAUUUAUAUAUGUACAAGAUUAAUAUUGCCAACAUUUACUUUGUCCUUCAAGGCGCAAUAUUUUCUGUCACAGUGAUGUAUAAAUGAUUUCACUAGUAUUAUCUUUCUGCAUGGAUUUAUAAGCAAUUUACAAAUUUAUCUGCAUUAGUUGCACUUAUAAGUUAUGC